UCGUAGUGAAUGGCAAAAAGAUCAGCAUUGCCAUUCACAGAGAAAGUAAGCAAGGACCUGUUUAAAAAUAUUAAUAAUAUUUAAUUUGCGAUUAAGAUUGUAUUUGCGACCUCAAUUAGUUCAAGAUAAGAUUAAUUAUGGACCAAUGAAGCUUUGAAAACAUAAUAUCAACAUAAAGAUAAAGUCGUGGUAACCCAAAGGACUCUGGUAUUUUCAACAUUGGCGAAGCGCAGUUCAAGGUGCCGCAGUCCGUGCGCGUGGAACACGACUUCUACAGCUCCCGGCUGUUCCAGAUGAUGCAGCACGACCUGGAGAAGGUGAACCGCAGCCAGGAGCUCUCCAAGGAGAACCCCAUGACCCGCGAUUUCGUUGAGAAGGAAGCAAUGACGCAGGAAAUGAAGGCGCUGAAGCACGCGGAGUUUGUGGAGAAGAAGCGUCGCCAGCAAUUGCGGCGGGACUGCGAGGAGCUGCGAAACUUGGCGGAACAACUGCGUCUGGCAGCCAUCUCAAAGGAGCUGGCCGAGAGCCUGGAGGAGAGGAACCGCCAGCGCCAACUGUCCGUGAAGGUAGAGGCCCGGGAAAUGGCCGAGGAGCGAUGUCUAGUGGAGGCCAAGCAACGCGAGAAAGAGGCCGCUCUCAAGGAGGAACAGCGCCGCCUGAGGGAGUCCUUGGCAGAACAAAUCGAGGAGAACCGCCGGCGGCGCCAGCAGGAGCACGCCCAGGUGAUGAACGACCGGGAGCUCAGUCAGCUGAGGCAGAAGCAGAUUCAGGAGGAGGACCGCGCCCAGCAGCUGGAGGCGGAGCAAAAGAAGCUGCAGAAGCGACAGGACAUGCUGCAGUCCAUCAAGGAGAACCAGGAGCACAGGGAGUGGCAGCGGGCCCAGAACAACUACGAACUGGGCGAUCUCAUCAAGAAGCAGACGGAAAUUGAUCGCAGAAAACGCGAGCUGGAGGAGGAACGCCAGGAGAUGCAGCGCAAGAAGCAGGAGAUCAGUAUACGGCUGGGUCAGCAAGUCCUGGAAAUGGAGAACAAGAAACGCCAACGGGACAACCUGCUGUUGGAUCUGCUGGAGGCGGAGUACACGGCCAAGAGUGACGAGCGCUUCCGCCAGCAGAUGCAGCAGGAACAGAUAUCGCGCCGGCGCACCAGGGAGGAGCUGGAUCGCUAUCGCCAGGAGGUGGAGCUACGCAAGAUGGCCCAGAUGCAGCUUAAGCGGGCCGAGAUGGCCACGCGCCAGCAGGAGGCACCGGAUAUGAGUCACCAGGAGGCGGAGAAGCAGCUGGAGGAGUACCGUCGUCGCAGGGACCACGGAGCCACCUUGCUGGCCAUGAUAGAGGACAACCAGCGUAAGCGCGCGGAGGCCACCGCUGAAAGCGUGCAGUACUUUGAUGCGAAGGCCAAGGCUGAUGCCGAGCAGCAGGAGCGCAUCAAGCGGGAGCGCCUGGCCAUGCUGGGCCAGGUUCCUGCCUCCGUGCUCCGGUAUCUGCCCAAGCAUGUUCUCACCUCUACAGAUCGCGAGCAUUUCUGCCGGGAGGAACAACAGACGACGGGCGGUGGCGACUCUUAGACUCGUUAAGGAAGUGGUAAUUCAAGACGAUCACGUUUAUUAAUAAUGCGGACCACCUUGACAUCCCAAAAUAAAAAAUUUCAAAAGGCGCGCCAAUUUGCGUA